ACUUAAUCUAGUUUUUCUGCAUGUGAUUGUCUACCUUUUCCUUUCAGCACUAGGUUUUCCGUGUAGUAUAUUAAUGUCUAAAGUCUCGCAUUGUUGUGUAUCAAGACUCGGUCAUGGUGGGGAUGAUCAGGGGGCGAUGUGCUUGCAGAUACAUGGAUCCCCUCGUGAGGCAAAUUCGCGAUGAUAGUCCUAUAGGCUCAUUCAGUGUGUUGUUACAUAUGAAUAUACCUAGGGUAAUUCCAAUUUCAUUGUGAGAUUUACUGGUCCGAAACAUCUCGACUACUUUCCUUGAGCGUCGCCAGUGUACACGUAAGGACCAUGGAUCCCGGUACCGCAUUGAGCGUGGUAUCUUUAGCAUUCCAAGUCUUUUCUGGGUGUAUAAAGGGGUGUCAGCUACUAUUGGAUGCGAAGAACUUACCUCAGAAAUAUGGCUAUCUUCGACAUCGUCUUCGUCUGGAGCAGCUUAAGUUGUUGGAUUGGUGGGAUGCAUCUGGUUUUAUAGCAGAGACUGCGUUCGAAGACACUCAAUUGGAUGAGAGAAAACAGACUAUGGUUGAUUCUUUGCUCCAGAUAAGGUCUAUAACGCUUGAUAUCAGCCGGAUCAAGGAUCGUUACGAUCUCUCUUUGAAAGUCUCGGAUGAAGGUCGGGGGAACGAUGCCGCAGUUUCAGGAGGUUUUCUCGAAUUUAACUCUUCGGGGACUCCAAGCAAGAGAGAUAAACUACGCGAGAAGUCUCUUAGAUAUGCUGAUGCUGUUCUGAAAUGCCCGAUAGGACUCCGAUGGGCUGUGUUCGAUGCUGCUAAAUUUGAGCAGCUCCUGGCUCGGUUCUCUGAACUCAACAAUUCUAUGCAUUUAUCUUUGGAGUUAGACCAAAGGCGACAUUAUAUGAGACUUCAGGAAACGUCUCACAUACAGAUUUUACAAGUACACGACAAGUUAGAUCAAAUUGUUGAGCUCAUUCAGUCGCUCCGCUUAUCCCCACAUUGUGAUUUAACGAGUUCAUCGCAGGGUUUAGAUCAAGGUGUACCUAACACCUUAGAACGCCUCGCUCGGUUCAAGGCCCUCAGCAUGGCGGCUAGUCGUGGGGAACUUCCCUGUGAAGAUGAUGUGAUGGUACAAGUCGGCCUCGAAAUCCCGUCACCAGGGGACCUCGAGCUCCUUCUCUCGCAGAUUGAGUUACAUGGAGGUCAAAGACAACAUGGCAACCAGAGGGUUACUGGGAAAUAUGGCGACACUCCUAUAUGGGUUGAAUGGAAGGGGUACGACGAAAAUACCACUACAUUGGAGUACCGCUCCGUUGGAAAUCGAAUUACGCGCCUUGCUGCAUUGCUCCUCAAGCAUCCAGAUACACCUCAAGAGCUUAGGCUCCCAACCUCUCUGGGUUACGUCCAUGAUCCUGCUUCAGCUAGAUUCGGAAUCGUGUUCGAGUUGCCGGCCUUGACAGAGACGUCGGUCCCACCGUCUCUAUAUGACCGAUUUCAGAUUGUCGCGAAGCCCUCGUUAACUACGAGAUUGAACAUUGCGCGGAAACUCGUAAUAGGUUUGGAGUAUAUCCAUGCGAUGAAAUGGCUGCAUAAAGGUCUGCGGAGUGACAAUAUUCUGUUCCUGGCACCUUCUGACCGAGACUGGCUAUCUUUCUGUCUCUCUGGGUUUGAUUACUCUCGGCCAGCUAAUCCGAAUGAGAUGACGGAGCUUCCGAGCGACAAUAGAGAACAUGAUUUGUACCGACAUCCUGAUAUUCAAUUUGACGUUCCUAGAGACGGCGAAUACGGGUACAAGGAGAAACACGACAUAUAUAGUCUAGGGGUGAUAUUGAUGGAGAUUGGUUUGUGGCAGCCCAUUCAUCAAUUCCUUGGAAUUUCUUUAAAUCGGUUCAUCCGACGUCCAAUUAUAAGAGGAGUUCGCUGUAACCUCCUGAAGCCCGAAUCACUCGCAAUCUUGGAGUCGGAGACUGGGGAACGAUACACAGAUGCUGUCAAGUUAUGCUUGACUGGAAACCUAGGGGGCCUAACAAGCGGGCGGGAAAGUUUCGUAUUCUCGGAGGAGGGUGAUAAACUAGAAGAGUCUUCAACAGGGUGUCUGCAGAUGGUGCAAGAAAUCUUGCAAAGUAUCAAGUUAUGAAAGAAUGGGGGCGUGCUACCAAAUCAGCACGGAUGCCCACAGUAACAGGAUGUCUUGCCAACGCCAGCCAACUUAAACACCCAGAUUCCGAGGAAUAUCAACUCACUUGGUUA